CAGAUAUCAAAACAUCGGUAAAACCGAUGCAGUACUUAAAUCGCUGUACUAUACUGUUCACCGUCAAACUUCACCAUGACUCCAUUCGGUAUCAUACUGGUAAUUGCUGUGUUCUCUACCCAGGUUAUGCAAACCAUAACACAACCUAAAAAAUAUCGAUGUGCUUCGUUCAGACCGUUACCUCAGCCAGAAUCGGAACCAAUAUCGUCCUUUUAUUUAAGACUACCUCCAUUAUCUGCUACAAAAUCACAGUCUACAACUACAAAAUCUCCUGCAGCAUCGGGUUCAAAAUCGCCGGUUUCAGUCAUUAAAUCACCGUCUUCGGUUUCAAAAUCAUCAUCUUCAAUCCCAAAAUCACCGUCUUCAGUUCCAAAAUCGUCGUCUUUGAUCACUAAGCCAUCAUCAACAGUUCAAAAAGUGACAAACUCAUCACGCACAGCCAACAAAUCGACACCCGAUUCCUUUAGUUUAUUUAAGUUACCAUUACAAUUAAUUUCAAGUUUACUGGUACCAAUAAUACCAUCAACAAUUAGACAAAACACAUCUACGGUUAUUUCACCACAAUUUAAUUUUCAGAUGCCUUUAACAUUCUCAACGGUCCAUCAACCUAAAUAUACACCUAGUGAUACAAAUAACUCGCCUGUUCCGUGUAACACUAAUAAUUUAUCUACUCAUCCUUGUAACUCUCUUCCCGGUAACACAAAUAUUCUACCUAAUCCUUGUAACUCUCCACCUGGUAUUACAAACACUAUACCCAAUCCUUGUAACUCUCUACCGGGUAAUACUAAUACCAUACCUAAUCCUUGUAACACUCUACCCGGUAACACAAACACUCAACCCGGUAACACAAACAUUCAACCCGAUAACACAAACACUCAACCCGGUAAUACUAAUACCUCAACUAGUCAUGAUAACUCUAAAUCUUGUAACACAAAUACCAUAUCUAAUCCUUGUAACUCUACAACCGGUAUUAGCAUAAAUAAUUCAAAUUACGUUUUUUGUACUUCUCUAUUAGGGAAUUCACAUAAAUCUAUUAUCUAUAAUUGGAUUUGUAACUAUUUAUUAAACAAAAUUCAAAAUGUAAAUAAUAAUACUCCACCUAUUAAAUGUAUUUCAACAUCUACUGAACCUAAUCCACCCGUGACGGAUAAUCCUACGGUAACACCCAUCAUACCAACUGAUUCUACUGUUACGUCAACUGAAGGUACUACAUCAACUGAAGAUACGCCAACUGAAGAUACAUCAACUGGAGAUACGCCAAUAACUGAAGAUACACCAAAAGAUAAUAGUACACCGGAUGUUAAUAUAUCAACAACCACACUAGUACCACCAUGUACACUAACUACUAGGUUCCAUAAACCUUGUCUACCACCAAUCCAUCAUAUUCCAAAACCAAAACCUUGUAGUUUACCUGCAGUUACUAACUCAAAUCCGCAUAUAUCAUUAAAUAAGCAUCAUUGUCCACUACAUCAUGCAGCUUGUCCACCAUCUCACGCUUAUUUUCAUCCUUUGUUAAAUCCUACAACUUACAAAUAUAAUACAGACCUAACUAGUCCACAAGAGGAGAUCCUUUUAAAAAUAAUAAAAAGUUUGAUUUCUAAUUCCAAUUUACAAUCACCGUCUAAAAGUAAGUGAAAAUGCUUAUAGAUUAACACUUUAUUUAUACCUGUAUAAUGUAUAUAGCAUAAAAUAUACAUACAUUAAAUAAAUAUAGGUUCUCGAAUAAAAAAAUUAUAGAAUAUAGAUUUAUUUAAAAUAUCUGUAAUACCUACAAUUUUAUUUUAAUAAAUAUAACAUAUUAUAUGAUGUAA